GGUAGGUGUCGUAAGCUACAGAGCCAUUAUUGUUUGAAGUGGAUCUUGAUCUUCCUCAAACCCUAUUGUUUGAUCAAAGCCCUCUUGAAGAGACAUCCCGGCACCACAUCAUGAGCGCGUUUCAAUUAUCAAUCCCUUUUUCCUUUCCUCUCCUCAAAAAAGGUAUGUUAUCAUUCUUAAUCUUCCUUAAAAACUUUGCAUUGCGCACUUUUUGAUGUUCACUUGAAAUUUCCCAAAGCUUCUUGUGUCAACAUUCUUGUAAGAUUACUUGUGUACCGUCUUGCUGGGUACAUCGUCACAUUGUCAGACAACUCUGAGAGCAGGACUCGACCUUGACUUUGAUUGCUUUUCUAUAAAUUCUAAUUAAUUCCUCAAUUGUUUCAAGAUGGACAUGUCAGAUGGUAUGGCCAUGGGUGGUGCACCAUCAGAUGGCUCAGCACUGAAUGAUACUGGCUUCAAUUUCUCGAAUAUGACGCAAGCUGCCGAUUUUCUGGGAGAAAUAUUGGAUGACUCUGUUUUUCAGAUAAAAGGGAAUGCUGCUGCCAGACAUUUCUGGUAUGGAGUCUGUGCGGUAAUCGCUACAGCUGCUUUCUUUAACUUUGCACAGAAAGCUACCACAUUUACUAGGUAAGCUCAUGAUUCCCAUGGUGGAUUACAAUCAUUAAUUUCUUUUCAUAGAUUGAGGGCAGCUGCAGCAAAUCGACCCCGGCCAGCAUCAUCAUCCAACUUUCUUACAACUUCAUUAGCUACAAUUACCGCAAUUGGCCGUGAAGCAUCAUAUCCCCAGUUCAUACCACAAAAUUCAAUUGCAGCAAAGUUCUUCAAGAUCCCUCCUUUCGGAACCAUUAUCCUCUUGGUCUUGUACUUAGUGUGGGUUGUUAUCCUUGAGUUCGCCAAUAACAAUGUUCCCGGAGCCCAACAUUUUACUUCCUUAGGUGUUCGUGCAUCUUGGCUUGCUGUUGCCCAGGUUCCUUUGCUAAUACUUCUCGCUGGGAAGAGUAGCCCAAUUGGACUAGUCAGUGGUAUCUCAUACGAGAGAUUGAAUGUUAUUCACCGGUGGACUUCCAGGGUCAUUUUUUUUCUUGUCACUCUUCAUGUGAUUUUCCUUCAUUUGGCUUGGAACGCAUACGACCUAGGACAUUUGGAAUAUUCAACUGACUCAUGCGUUCCAACCGGUUGGGGAGCAUACGCGGUUCUGAUAUGGAUGAACAUCAGCACUUGCGCGCCUAUUAGAAAUUUCUCCUAUGAGUUUUUCGUGGUCCAGCACAUCAUCACUUUCUUCGGAUUCAUUAUUGCCGUUAUUAUGCACCUUCCUGACACGGCUCUAUACUCUAGAGUUUACAUUUAUAUCCCGAUAGCAUUGUACAUCAUCGAUAGGAUGAUUCGCACCGGGAGAUAUGCUUGGAACAACAUUCACACACCAACCGCAACCUUGACAGUUUUAGAGGGUGGUGUUACUCGGGUUUGCAUCGAAAGCAAAACUGUCAAGAAAUGGACACCUGGUUCUCACGUUCUUCUCUCAAUACCUCAACUUGGGCUUCUCCAAUCUCAUCCGGCAACAAUUGCUUCCACACCUUCAUCGCACGAAGGCAAGCUUGUAUUCUUACUUAAAGGGCAUAAGGGAUUCACAGGUCGCCUAUUGUACGCAGCAGAAUUUUCAACAGCAUCAAACUCAUCAUGGAAAGCCCUUAUUGAUGGGCCAUAUGGUAAAACUGUCGACUAUGCUGCUUUCGACACUGUUGUUCUUAUUUCAGGCUCAACUGGUACAACUUAUGCCCUUCCAAUUCUUCUCGAUAUCGCAUCUCGUGCACAAAGCGCCCGAUUACCAGUCCGGCGAAUCGUGUUUGUUUGGAUCAUUAAGAAUACAUCAUGGACCUCUUGGAUUGCAGAAGAGCUCACUUCAGCAGCCGAGAAGCUGAACGCGGUCGGUAUCGAACUCACAAUCCGGAUCCACGUAACAUGUGACAACAAUUUCACGACCGGAGACGACAACAUCGAAGCCAACUGUUGUGCUUGUGAUAAAAGCCUUGGUUCUUGUUGCUGUAUAUCCAUUGAUUCUGAUACUGAUGACGAUGAGAUUACAUCUAUUGCUGAGAAAGGUAAUAAAGUCACCUCUAAGCCAAAAACCACAAGCGCAUCUAGUAUCAUUUCAGGAACUCGAUCAUCGAUUCUACCAUGUGCAGUGUUUCAUAGCGGAAGACCUGAUUUCCAUCCUCUUUUAGGCGACUUGUUGGAGAAAGCCGAGGGGGAAACUGGGAUUGCGGUUUGUGGACCUCCUGGGUUGAGUAGUAGUGUGAGGACUACGGUGGCGAGAUGCAGUAAUGAUAGGGCGGUUCAUAAGGGGACUGGGGCUCAGGGGAUUUAUUUACAUGCUGAGGGCUUUGGGUGGUAGAUUUUAGGAUAUAAGAUUAUAUGGUGGGUUUGGGGGUUCGGAGGUGCAGAGAGGAUGGAUGAUACCAAUUUUAUGAUGUGUGUGUAUGAAAAGUGGCGUUAAGGAAGGGUAUAUUAUAAUAAAAUGGAAAGACU